UUGAUGAAUAACUGUUUCAAGUUGUUGUUCCCAGCAUAAAUAGCAGAAAAUGAGAAACUCUCUCAUGAGUUCUGUCUGAUUGCAUAGCAUUGGUUGGUAGUUGUCUCAAAAAUCUCUUGCCCUUUGGCCAUAAUCAAAAACCAAGACACUGUUCAUCAAGCUGCUCAAUUAUCAAGCCAACUUUGCUUGGUUCCACUGCAGAAUUUCAGUUUAUUCUUAUCUCGGUAGAUUGGAUUGAAUCUCCAAAAUUGGUGAUUUCACAGGGGUGUGCUGUUAACUUUCCUGUUUGUUUCAUCUUCAAGCUCAAUUCUGGUUCUGGGUUUAUCUUUUACUGGAAGACAGACUUUGAGGUAGAUUCCUUAUAAGUGGGCAUAAGUUAAAGUGUAGAGAAUGAGUCAGCCUAAGAUUAAGCGCCGAGUUGGUAAGUAUGAGGUGGGGAGGACCAUUGGUGAAGGUACAUUUGCAAAGGUGAAAUUUGCAAGGAACUCUGAGACGGGAGACCCUGUGGCUCUUAAAAUUCUUGAUAAGGAGAAGGUGCUAAAGCACAAGAUGGCUGAGCAGAUCAGGAGAGAAGUAGCAACAAUGAAACUAAUCAAGCAUCCAAAUGUUGUUCGAUUGUGUGAGGUCAUGGGAAGCAAGACAAAAAUAUAUAUUGUUUUAGAGUUUGUAACCGGGGGAGAGCUCUUUGACAAAAUUGUAAACCAUGGAAGGAUGAGUGAAAAUGAAGCUCGUAGAUAUUUCCAGCAGCUUAUAAAUGCUGUUGAUUAUUGCCAUAGCAGGGGUGUUUACCACAGAGACCUGAAGCCAGAAAAUUUGCUAUUAGAUGCUUAUGGGAACCUUAAAGUUUCUGAUUUUGGUUUGAGUGCCCUCUCCCAGCAAGUUAGGGACGAUGGACUUCUUCAUACUACAUGUGGCACUCCUAAUUAUGUUGCUCCCGAGGUCCUUAACGAUAGAGGCUAUGAUGGGGUAACUGCAGACUUGUGGUCAUGUGGGGUUAUUCUCUUUGUAUUGGUUGCAGGUUACUUGCCUUUCGAUGACCCUAAUCUUAUGAACCUGUAUAAAAAAAUCUCAGUUGCUGAAUUUACUUGCCCCCCAUGGCUUUCUUUCAGUGCCAGGAAAUUGAUUACACGAAUCUUGGAUCCUGAUCCCACCACUCGUAUCACUAUACCUGAGAUAUUGGAUGAUGAAUGGUUUAAGAAAGAUUAUAAGCCUCCAGUUUUUGAGGAGAACGGGGAAACCAACCUCGAUGAUGUUGAAGCUGUCUUUAAAGAUUCUGAAGAGCACCAUGUGACAGAGAAGAAAGAAGAGCAGCCUACAGCCAUGAAUGCAUUUGAGUUAAUUUCCAUGUCCAAAGGACUGAACCUUGAAAACUUGUUUGAUACAGAGCAGGGAUUUAAAAGGGAAACAAGAUUCACCUCAAAAUCCCCUGCGGAUGAGAUAAUCAACAAGAUUGAGGAAGCUGCAAAACCUCUUGGCUUUGAUGUGCAGAAGAAAAAUUACAAGAUGAGGCUUGCAAAUGUGAAAGCUGGAAGGAAGGGAAACCUUAAUGUUGCCACAGAGAUAUUCCAAGUGGCACCUUCUCUUCACAUGGUUGAGGUACGGAAGGCAAAAGGAGAUACAUUGGAGUUCCAUAAGUUCUACAAGAAACUUUCAACAAGCCUGGAUGAUGUUGUCUGGAAAACAGAAGAUGAUAUGCAAAUGCGAGAAACAAAGUGAUAUUGUUAUUAUCAUUAUCUUGUGUAAUUUUCUUUAUGUCUGAGGUUCUACUAUUUUCCAAUUUCUUCAUUCGUUAUUUCCUCUUAAGGUUCCUUCGUGUAGGUUUGUUUGGACAUUUAAUUACAUAUUACUUAUAUAUUGCGUACCAUGCUACUAUUUUUUGAAAGCAUGCAGAGUUUAUGUAAGAAUUUUACUCAUCAACAGUUCCAGUUAUGUUCAUGAAACAAAAAAUUGUAAGAAAAGUUGUAUAUAUCUAU